GGCCCCCGCAGUCCCAUAAACCCCAUUGAUGGAUUUUGCAGCGAUAUCUAACUCAAGUUCAACUGGUUCCCUCAUAUACUCAUACCGGUGGAUCUUCUCAAAAUGGACAUCCAUUCCAAAGUACACAGAGCAAUGCAGUCCAACAUUUGAAGCAGAUGGAGUCAAAUGGACUUGGCUUUGUACUUGAAGAUGGUCGAUAGCGAUUCACAUCCACUGAAAGGCAUACGGAAGAAAGUACGCAUCGUCUUUGUGGUGGAAGAUGUGGCAAAAUCAAACCGCAUAGGUAGGGCCGAUUAUGGGAAAACGGAACAUCCGGUAUGGUUUAGUGAAAAACACGCUACAUGGGGCGAGGAAUCUCUGCUUCCCUUGGAUCGGUUAGGUGUCUAUGCCCCCUACAGUAAUUUUUCGACGUCGCGCGACCGACAAACUGUCAGUGUAAAGUUUGAGGUUUUGAAAACAAGAUCUGAUCCUCCAAUCCUCAACCGUGGCGUUGGCUAUAUGCCCUUCAUGCAGAAAUAUUUCAACGAUGCUGCGUUUUCAGAUGUCACAUUUAAAGCCAAACUCGACAAUCAAGAAAGAACUUUUUAUGCUCACAAAGUCGUCAUGGCAUCAGCCUCCUCGUGGUUCGAGACACUUUUUACCAAUGGCAUGAAGGAAAGCUUCUCCAAUGAAAUUACCCUCGCAGACACCGAUCCAGCCACCUUUGAAUUUGUACUACGGCAUUGCUAUGGCAUGGAAUUCGACAUUGAAAAUAUUGAACAGGCUGAAAAUAUCGUCGUCUUAUCAGAUCGCUUUGGUAUUGAUCGCUUGAAAGAUGAGGCAUUCCGGCACAUCCGGCUAGAACUGUGUCCAAAUAACAUAUGGAGAAUAUGGGAAUUAGCUGAUAAACAUUCUGACAAAAGAACUUAUUUAACCUGCGAAGAUUAUGUGUCGCAAAACAUUCCUACUUUGAUCAAACACUCCAGUUUCUUCCAGGCCAGUCCAAAUAUUUUGGAAGUCAUUCUUAAACACGAUAUGGGCAACUUUCCGUCAGAGGAGAACCUCUUUGAAGCUGUUGUUCGAUGGGCCACCUAUGAAGAGAAUAUCGGCCCCUCAAUGUAUGAUGAUAAUUCUGAUCAAGCUUCUACAGAAAGUUUUGAGAACUUGUCCACUGUCGCCUUGCAAGAAAAUCCUACCUUCCCUGAACCCAUGUUGGGGGAAAUGGAUUUCUCUGUUUUGAAGUAUCCCUUUUUCUCCAAGCCCACCUCUCCAAUCAUGCUACGGUCCGACGAGGAUGGCGUCAUUCGUAGACAUUCCAUUGGCACUGUGGGGCAGCGUAAACGUGAACAAGAAAAACUGGCAACCGAUCGAAGAAACUCAGCGGACUCGGACUCAUUUCCGUCCUUUCGACUAAUGUUAUUGCCCUAUUUAUUGCAGCAUAUACGAUUCCCUCUUAUGUCACCGCAGUAUUUAACGUCAAAUGUAAUUUCCAAUGAGAUAGUUAUGAACGCUGAAGGAAUGAAAGACUUGCUCAUAGAAGCUUUCGCAUACCAUGUGUCAGGCACACAAAAUAACUCAAAACCAACGCGAUUUCGAGCUCGUAUCCAGAGAGUCGAUUGAAAUAUCCACCAAACCUUUUUAUAAUAAAGCAUUAAUAAAAUUUCUCAUAAAUUUCUUGGGUCACGCAGCAUCCAUAACCCCUCAGGUUCUCU